CUUCUCUUUUUCCCAUUCUUUUGCUAGUUUGGGUUGGUAAUGGUUUGGAUCUAUCGAUUUUAUGUUAGCAUUCCUGUUUUUCUUUCUCAAGGAAGAGAUCCAGGAAAGAGAAAACAAUAGAAGUUCCAACCUUGAAGCUUUUUUGUUGGAACGAGACUUCAUAAUGGAGUCCAUCUCCAUUGGUUUGGGAUCUCUUUCGUUUUCUUUUGGCCACAGAAACGUGUGGUUUGGAUGAUGCUAUUUUUCCAAUAAUUAAGUAUUUUAUGAUACAUUGAGUUUCUUCAAUUUUGCUAUGUAGUAGUGCACAGUGUUUUUCUUUUAGCAGAAUCUUGAAGUUUUAGGCGGAUUGAGUGCUCAAAACAUCGUUCGAAUUUUUCUCAGGGUGACGGAAAAUCUGGCCUUCGUGGAUCAAUAUCAAAUGAAUCCCUUUGGUUACUCUCCCACCGAGUCUGGCUUUAAUCAAUUUACUUCAUUUUCUUCGGCAUCGACCUACUCUUCAAAUCAAAUCCAAAAGGUUGGCCAUUCGCGUGAUGUCCCUAUCGGAACCGAGCACAAAAACCCCCAAAUGAAACCAUCUCCACCAUCAAAUUCUCAAAUUAUAUCCUUUCAGAACUCAGAUCUAUACCCAAACAUGUCUCAGCAAUAUCCUGGAACCUGUGAGUUGCAAGAUGGGGAAAAUAUGAAGAUAAAGAGAAGUGGUGGUGGUGGUGGUCCAUUUAGUAGAACAACUUUGCAUGGACCAGAACACGUUAUUGCAGAGAGGAAGCGCCGGGAGAAGCUGAGCCAGCGGUUCAUUGCUCUUUCAUCCAUCAUUCCGGGCCUUACAAAGCUGGACAAGGCUUCUGUCCUAGGAGAUACGAUAAAGUACUUGAAACAACUUGAGGAACGUGAGAAGAUCCUCGAGGAAGAGGUGGCCAUGAGAACCGUGGAAUCCGCGAUCUUCGCAAAGAAGCCAUCGCUCCAACGUGGUGAUGGCGUUAUAUGUUUUCCAUCUGACGAGAAGUCGUAUGAUUCACCCAUCGAUCAGCAACUACCUGAGGUCAAAGCCCGGGUGUUGGGGAAGAACGUUUUGAUCAAAGUCCAAUGUGAGAAGCACGAGGGUUGCAUCAAGGAAGUGAUGAAACAAAUGGAGGACAUGAACUUGACAACUCUAAAUAUUGGCGUCCUAACAUUUGGGAGUUCCCUCCUGGAUAUCACAAUUGUGGCCCAGAUAGAAAAUGAGAACUGCCCGACAAUUGAGGAGAUUGUUGAAAAACUACGCGAUGCUCUGACCAUGUUCGUCGGAUCAUCUUCAAGACGGUCAGCUUGUUAGGCAAAAAUCGGUUUAUUGCCAUGGUCUGUGUCUUAGAGAUGUUCUUGAUUACGUGUUAGUGCAAGAGUUGUGGGUAAUUGUACUAUUAUGUGCAUUGUAACUUCUUACUGAUUGUGGUAAUUAUCUGUUAGUGCAAGAUUUAACCACGCGUUAGUGCAAGAAUUGUGG